GCCCACCUAUUUAUACAACUCCCGGCCCCAUCCCCUCUACCUUUCACACCUCAACAGGCUCCGUCUCCUCACUUCCUCCGCUGCUGCCUUUGUCCUCCCUAUCUCCAUUUCUAGCGUCCCAGCUCCAUUUGCAUCAAUUGCAGAACUUUCUCUCGUGUCGUAGUCUGGUGCCCUUCAGUCUCUACAUAGAAAGCCUCGUCGUUUUAGCUCAUCAACCUCCAUAUGUUCCCAUUUAAUCACAUAAUCCUUGGAAAAAGCUAGAGCUGCUUCUACUAAAGUUCACUCUAGAAAACGAGCACCACAAUACAUUUUUCACCUGGCUAUCUGAUCAUGGCCCAUUUGUCCGACCAUGACGGUCAUUUUGAGCGCAAAUGCAAGUGGGUGCAUGGCCCGCUUAUCAUCGGAGCUGGUCCUUCGGGCCUGGCUGUGGGUGCAUGCCUAAAGAAGCAUGGCGUUCCCUUCGUCAUCCUCGAGAGGUCUGACUGCAUUGCCUCCCUCUGGCAAAAGCGCACCUAUGAUCGCUUAAAGCUCCACCUCCCCAGGCAAUUCUGCCAGCUCCCCAAGCUCCCCUUCCCCGACGACUUCCCCGAGUACCCAACCAAGAGGCAAUUCAUAGACUAUCUGGAGUCCUAUGCCAAGAUCUUCGAGCUCAAUCCACAGUUCCAUGUGACUGUCCAGUCUGCGAGGUACGAUGAGAUGGGUGGUGUGUGGCGAGUGAGAGCCGUCGUCUCGCGGGGUGGGACUGCAGGCAGGAACACCAAGGUGGAGUACAUUUGCCAGUGGCUGGUGGUGGCCACAGGGGAGAAUGCAGAGUGUGUGAUGCCGGAGAUGGAAGGAUUGGAGGAAUUCGGUGGUCAGGUCAUCCAUGCCUGCGACUACAAGUCCGGCGAGGCCUACCGAGGGAAGCAGGUGUUGGUGGUGGGAUGCGGCAACUCCGGCAUGGAAGUCUGCCUUGAUCUCUGCCACCACAACGCCUUCCCGACGAUGGUGGUCCGUGACUCGGUUCAUGUUCUACCAAGGGAGGUUCUCGGGAAAUCAACGUUCGAGUUAGCUGUCGCCUUGAUGAAAUGGUUCCCACUCUGGCUGACUGAUAAGAUCAUAUUGGCUCUAUCAUGGAUGAUACUUGGAGAUAUAAAGAAGUAUGGCCUAAAGCGACCUUCGGAAGGUCCUUUGGAGCUCAAACACGCACUGGGGAAGACCCCUGUUUUGGAUAUUGGUGCAUUGGGAAAAAUUAAAUCUGGUGCAAUAAGGGUGGUUCCUGGAAUCAAGAGGUUCUUGCAUGGCAGAGUUGAGUUGGUUGAUGGUCGAGUCCUCAACGUGGAUUCAGUUAUUAUGGCUACUGGUUACCGCAGCAAUGUUCCUUCAUGGUUGCAGGGCAGCGAUUUCUUCUCCAAAGAUGGAUUUCCGAACGAGCCAUUCCCAAAUGGGUGGAAAGGGAAGUCAGGGCUCUACGCUGUUGGGUUCACAAGGAGAGGGCUCUCUGGUGCAUCCUUGGAUGCAGUGAGGAUAGCGGAGGACAUUGACAGAGUCUGGAAAGAGGAAACAAAUCAAGCAAAUAUCCGAUCGGGAAGAACGAAGGUUUUCCUCAAUCCACUCAACUCGAAUCUUUCAAAAGAAAAUUAGAAGUAGAAGAAUUGCAAAAUUAAAACUUAAGUCUUUUUUUUCUUUCAUUUAUGAUAAAAAAAUGAGAUAUAUAGCCUUUAUUUAUAAUGAUGGGGUCUACACUUAUAUAAUUUGUGUUGGAUUUCUUUUCUUAAUUUUUAUAGGACAUUCUUUUCUAAAAUAGAUAGCACCCAUAGAAAUAAAAUUGAUUUUCAUUUUUUAACCGAAAAGAAAAUUUUUAAUUUGAUUCGCCUGUUCUAAGCCCCAAGUAAUGGAAUUUAAGCUCGAUCACUAGGAGCAUCGCUCUAAAGGGUGGGUGUCACAUUGUAGAUCUCAAAAAACUGCCCGAUUUAAAAAAAUAUAUAUCUUAAUCGAAAUGACCAAAUUAUGGUUUCUAAAAAAAAUCAUCUUGAUAUUCUAUUUAUUUGUUCCCUAACGC